AUGCCUAAAGCCGAGGCUGGUUCAAACAAGUACCUGAGCAACAAGCUCAAGGCCAAGGGUCUGACGCGACUCCGUUGGUACUGCCAGGUAUGCGAGAAGCCAUGCCGGGACGCGCACGCCUUCAAGAUGCACACAUCGUCGGAGAGCCACGUGCGGCAGAUGCUAGUGGUGGGCGAGGACCCCAAGAAGUACGUGGACGAGUACAGCAAGGAGUUCUUGCACGACUUCAUCCAGCUGCUCAAGACGGGCCACGGCGAGAAGCAGGUCAACAUGAAUCACUUCUACCAGGAGUACAUUGCCAACCGCGACCACAUUCACAUGAACUCGACCAAGUGGCCUUCCCUGACCGAGUUCGCCAAGUACCUGGGCCGGGAGGGGAUCUGCCGCGUAGAGGAGACGGAAAAAGGACUUCACAUCGCCUGGAUAGACGACUCGCCCGAGGCGUUGAGACGACGCGACGCCCUGCGCAGGAAGGAGGCCCAGGAUCAGGGGAACGAGGAGGUCGAACAGCGCAUCAUACGCGAGCAGAUCAAGAGGGCUCAGGCGAAUGCGCAGAAGCAGAACGGGGGGCAGGAGGAGGAUCGCGGACUGCAGAGGCAGGAGGGGGAAAGGGUCAAGCUGUCAUUUGGUGGCGGUGCGAAGCCCCCUGCGACAAGGUCCGAGUCCCCAGCAGCAACACCUGCCGCUACGGAAGAAGGUGACAAAGGUGGUGAUGCUGCACUACCAAAGGAUAGCGGCAAACCAGCGUUUGGUGCCAUGUCUCUCAAGAUGGGCGCGAAACCCCUGACGAAAAACGUCUUUGCACAGGCCAAGAAGAGUAAGAAUGCCCUGGGGGGAGCGUCGUCGGGAUCCAAGAAGACGUCUACCAUCGAGCAGCCCAAGAAGAUGAGCGAGGCAGAGAGGAUCAUGAAGCAGGAGAUGGAGAAGAAGAGAUCCCGAGAAUCGGCUGGGUUUGGUAUACCUGGAGGGAAGAAGCAGAGGAGUUGA